AUGAUUUUGCUAAAUCAGAAUAAUUUAAGUGAGAGUAAAAGUUUUUUGCCGUUGGAAAAGUCGGAAGAAGAAAGGGUAGAUGAUAAUUUGGAGAAAAUAAGUUUAUUAGACCUUAAAGAGAAUAAAUAUAGAACUAUUAGUAUACCUUUAGAUUUAUUCUACUUUUUUAAAUGUUACUCAAAAUUGAACUUAGAAAAUGUUCCAACUAAUUUGGAGUACUCUUUUGCAAUAGAUGGGAAAUUUUAUUUAGGUUAUGAAUUGCCCUUAUUUGUUAUUUUGGUCGAGACACAUAUUGAAUAUAACUAUGAAUUAAAACAAAAUAAAAAUGCGUCGAAUAGUUUUGAUGAUGUUUCAUAUCAGAAUUUGUAUAAGAAGAUGGAUUAUAUACAUUUUAAUAAAGAGAAUAAAGAACUUUUAGGAAUGUAUUUUGAAGCUGUUAAUUUUUGUGGCCCAUCAAACUUAAUAUAUGAUGAAUAUUUUAAUGGAAUAAGUGAAAAAAAUAGUGUUAAGAAAGAAAUUAACAAAAUUUCUAAUUAUUAUAGAUUAGGUUUAAAUGAUUUUACUCCCUCUAAGUUAAAAUUGAAAGAUGCAGAAUAUUAUUCAGGCUGUUAUUAUGUGCAGUUAUUUAAUAUAUAUCUCUUUGUUAUGUUUGAUCAUUUAAGUCAAAAAUUGAUACUAAGUAUAAUUCCUGUGGAGAUUUACGGAUCAGAAAAAGGUAAAAUAUUAGCCCUUAGAUUUAGUGAGUAUGAAGAUUAUAUAAAGAAAAUAAUUGAAGAAAGAAAGAGUAGUAACCAGUUAAACAUGUUAAACAUAAAUUUAUAUGAUAAAAUUAAUGUUACCAAUGAUAGUUACAACAUCCAACCAUUUGAUGGGGAAAAUACUUCAUCCAGUUGUGUAGAUGAAAAUUUAACUGUGAAAAAUUUGUUACCUUGCCAUAUCAACCGUUUAAUUAAGGAUGAUGUAUACCAUUUCAUAAAUUUUAUGCGUAUUAGAAAAUUGGAAACAUCACAAAGUAGCGAUUUGAAUGUUGUGCAUAAUAAUAUGAAAAGAGAGAGUUACUUAAGAUCAUUAUCAUUAGUGUUAAUAAUAUCAUCAUUAUCAGAACUAUCAAUACAUGUUGAAAAGAAAGAAUUAAAUGUGCUUAUAAAACAUAUAAAUAAUAAUGUUUAUUCAUUUUGUAUGGAUAAAAAGUAUAAAUUAAAGAACAAUUUAGAGGUACCUUUUUUUAGUACAGAGAAUAGAAAGUCAAGUAAUGAGGGGAGGGAACAAUGGGAAGGUAUAUAUAUAAAUGAUCCAAAUAGUAGCACCAUGUUACUAUCUCGAGAAUUUGGAAGAAAUUGUUAUAUAAAUUUGUUCAUUAAAUUAUUUAUAUAUAUGUUUAAAAGGGAAAGGAAGAAUUGUCUUCGUAGUGAUAUAGCAAUAUUUACAUGUGCAAAAAAACUUUAUUCUGUUGUGUUACAUAUUUUAUUUCAUUUAUACAAAUAUAACAGUAUAAGUCAAUUGCGAUUAAACAAUAGCAUAUUGAUGAAAAUGCACAGUAUUUUUAAGAAUAUUGGAUUAAUUUGUGCACAAAGAAGAGAAGUGGAAAGAAUGUUAGGAAAUAGAGGAUUGUGGAUAAUUAAAAGAGAAUAUAUACAUUUAAGUUAUAAGAAAUUGUGUAAAAGCAGUAAGGAAGAAGAUAUUUUAGAUUAUUUCUUUAGCAUAUAUUCUAAUUUAAAGGAGAAAAAAGAUGAUGUCCUGGAAAUGGAUGCCAUAUAUGGUAAGUAUCAUGUGAAGGGAAGUAAGGGGAGACCAAUUGGUUGUGUUCAUAACAGUGGAAAUAGUGAUAAUAGUGAUGGUUACAACAGCAAUGGGAAUAAUGGUAACGGGUAUAACAAUAAUGGAAAUAAUAGUAAUGGUUACAAUAGCGAUAAUAAUGGAGAGCACAAUAAUAAUUAUUACAAUAAUGACAGGGGGAACAAUGGAAAUAGCAGUAGUGGAAGCAACAACAACAACAAUAAUAAUAAUAACAACAAUAAUAAUAAUAACAAUAAUAAUAAUAAUAACAAUAAUAAUAAUAAUAACGAUGAUAAUGAGAAUAAUAAUAACAAUAAUGAUAAAGAUGGUAGUGAUAAUGAUGAGAACGAUGACUGUAACGAUAAUGACGAUAGUAACGAAAAUGAGGAGAAUAAUGAAAAUGAAGGGUACAUUAGUAAUCAUGAAAAUAUGGUUAAUGAUAAUUAUAAAUUUGUUGAUAGCUUUAACUGUGCAGAAAUAGAAACAAAAAAAAGUAUUAAUGAAGAACUAACAAAUCAUAGCAAAUACACGAGUAACACAAGUAAAAGUGAAAUAAGCACAAAUUAUUUUGAAAACAGUUGUAAUAUUAGUGUAAAUAAUAGCCAUAAUGAAUGUUAUGAAGAAAAUAACAGUAUGAUGAUAUAUAUGAAUAAUGAUGAUGGGUUAACCAUGAAUAGUAUUGUACAUGUUCCAAAUAAUAAGCGUACUACAGUCGAAGAAGGAGCACUUUUUGAUAAUUUGGGUAGUGGGAAUAAUUUAGAUAAUGAAAAUUGUAGUAGUGAUAUUGCUUUUAAUAAUAUGAAUACUUAUAUGGAUACAUUUAUGGAUACCAAUAAAGGAUAUGUUAUCAAUGGUAGUAAGAGAGAUUCUUGUAGUACUAAUGAAGAACAAAUAUCAAAUAACUCAUUAAAUGAUAGUGGAAAAAUGAAAGAUGAUUUGAUAUAUAAUGGAAAUGAUUUAGUAUUUCAUGGAGAAGUAAUAAAUGUUAAAGAAGAAGUAAACGAAGGAUUUGAUUCGAACUUCUCUGGUAUUAAAAGAAGCAGUACGGAUAUUGAACAGAAACACAUGGAUAUUGGUGUACAAAAAAAAAUAAACAAAAAGAGAAAUAAAGUAAAAAUGGAAAAGGGCAAUAAAAAUUUGGAUGAUGAAAAAAAAGAAGUACUAAAUAAAGUAUCACAAAUAACAAGAGUAGGAGGAGUAUGUUUUGAUAAAAAUAGACAAAGAUGGAUAGCUCAUUGGAAAAUUGAUGGUAAAUAUCAUAAACAUUAUUUCCCUAUAAGUCAAUAUGGAUUUGAAAAUGCUAGAGAAAGAGCAAUUAAUUGUAGAAAACAAGCAGAAAAACUGUUCAAUUUGCCAGAAAUACAACCAAGAAAUAGAUGGAAUCAAGUGAAAGUGAAUGGUACUUCACAUAUUAAAAAAGCAGCUAAGUUACCAAGAUGUGAAGGUGUAGCUUAUGAUGAAUUAUCACAAAGUUGGGUUAGUACAUUUGUUGUUCAUAAAAAAUUUUCUAUUGAUGAUUUAGGUUUUUAUGGAGCUAGAGAUCGAGCCAUUUAUUGUAGAAAAGUUUUUGAAAAAGUAAAUACAGAAGAUGAUUAUGAAUUUUUACUUAAAGAUAGAUUAGGAUUAAGUAAUGAAGAGAGAGAAGAAUUAAAUGUUUUGUUUAAUAUAGAUAAAAAUGCAAUUGAAAAAAUGGAUAUCGUAGGAAAUGGCACUGUAGCAGAAUGUGGAAAUAAGGUAAAAAGUAAUAUGGAUAAAAUAAGUGUUAAGGAUAAUGAUGAUUUCCCUUUGGAAAACACUAAUGAAAACAAUAACAACAAUAGUAAUAAUACGGAUGUUAAAAUAUCGAAUGAACAAUAUUUAAAAAUAACACAAGAAGCUAUUGAAAUGAUUUUAAGUAAUAUAAAACAUAAAUCUUUACCAGAAAUUAAACUAAAAUUAAUUGAUAAACAAAAAUUCGAAAAUUAUAAUACAUUACUUGAUAAGCAUUUUAAAUUUAUUACAUCCGUUAAAAAUAUCUCGCAGUUACAGCCAUAUAUAUCCUUAUUUCACAAAUUUAUUAUUUACCAUACUCUUCCACAUAACAUAUCUUUAAGGAAGCAGUUAUUUAUUAUUGAGGCUUUAGAAUGGUCUUCGUUCUUUUCGGGAGCUGCCAACCAGAAGGUUGAUUAA